AUAACCUUUAAAUAAUUACACAUGAUUAUGUAUUUUAAUUUUAUCCGUUAAUAAUAAAACAUGUAUCCUAAAAGAUAGAGAAUAUAAUUAAUAUAGAAAAUUUAAUAUACCAAAAAAUGUUAUCAAGAAUAGUUAUAAGAAAUGUUUACAAAUCGCAUUUUCUCAGGAGGAAAGAAUUGUUUAGUGUAACAAUAUUUAAUUCUAGUUUUUCUAAUCCCAUAGAACAUGAAGCACCACCAAAACCUACUUUAGCUGCAAAAUUAGUAUCGAAUUCUCCAAAAUCGAUACAGCCCUAUUUAAAAUUGGUAAGAUUUGAUCGACCUAUAGGAACCUUUUUAUUAUUUUGGCCAUGCAGUUGGAGUAUUGCCUCAGCUGCAGCUCCUGGAGCUCUGCCCGAUGCCUACAUGAUGGCAUUGUUUGCAACAGGUGCAUUAGUUAUGCGAGGAGCUGGUUGUACCAUUAAUGAUAUGUGGGAUAAGGACAUUGAUGGAAAAGUUGAAAGAACUAAAGAGAGACCCCUAGUGAAUGGUGAUAUAUCUAUGAAACAAGCCCUAGUGUUUCUUAGUGGACAAUUAAGUGUUGGCUUGGCGAUUUUAUUACAGCUUAAUUGGCCAAGUGUAUUCCUUGGGGCAAGCUCCUUGGCAUUAGUGAUCAGUUAUCCACUUAUGAAAAGAAUUACGUAUUGGCCACAACUAGUUUUAGGAUUUACUUUUAACUGGGGUGCUCUUUUAGGAUACAGUGCCAUUCAUGGAUAUGUUGAUUUGCCAGUUUGUUUGCCGUUAUAUAUGGCUGGUGUUUGUUGGACUAUUAUUUAUGACACCAUAUAUGCACAUCAGGAUAAAACAGAUGAUUUAAGAUUAGGUAUUAAGUCAACUGCUCUUAAAUUUGAUGAAGAUACCAAAUUAUGGUUGAGUGGCUUUGCAUCAACAAUGAUAGGAAGCCUUGUGAUAUCAGGAGUAAUGAACUCACAAACCUGGCCAUAUUAUACUGCUGUUGGUUUAGUAGCAACACACAUUGCAAAUCAGAUUAUUACCUUAAAAAUAAAUGAUGCUAGUGAUUGUUCCAAAAAAUUUAUUUCAAAUUCUACAGUUGGCUUGAUUUUGUUUGGUGGUAUUACAAUGGGAAUGCUAUUGAAGAAAAAUAAAAGUGAAACAAAGAAAAGAUCAGAUGCCUUAAAAAUUGCUAAUAUAGCACCAAUGUGAUUGUAAAGUAUUUUUUUUUAUUUAUUAUUUGCUGUAUUUAAUUUCUCAUAAAUAAAUACAUUCAAAUAA